AUGGAAACAGAGAAGCUUCCAGCAAUGGAUAAUAACAGCUUACUUUGUGAAAGUUUGUUGAAUAACACAAGAGAGUUUGGUGGAGAGGAUCUGUUUUCCAUUUUAGAGAGCCUUGAAGACUUGAAUAGUCCUCCUCCUCCUCCUCCAAGGAAGAGACAGAAGGUUAGUGCAUCAGCAUCCGAAGAUGGAGAAGAAAGGGUAUUAUCGUCACAUAUAACUGUUGAGCGCAACCGGAGAAAGCAAAUGAAUCACCAUUUGUCUGUCUUGAGGUCACUUAUGCCCUCCUUUUAUGUCAAACGAGGAGAUCAAGCAUCAAUAAUUGGAGGUGUAGUUGAUUACAUCAACGAAUUGCAACAAGUUCUACAAUGCCUAGAGGCCAAGAAACACAGAAAGGUAUUUUACACAGAUAACGUACUAAGCCCAAGACUAAUUAUUCCAAGCCCAAAAUUAAGCCCAAGAAUACUAACCCUGCCGCCUAUUAGUCCAAGAACUCCACAACCUGGAAGCCCAUGGUUGCACCACCACCAACAAGCAUGUAGUGGCGGUUACAUUUCCAACAACUCUUCCUCCAUUGAGCCUUCUCCUUCUUCUUCUGGAUCUGAUAAUAUGAAUGAGCUUGUUGCGAAUUCAAAGUCGGAGAUUGCUGACGUGGAGGUUAAGUUUUGCGGUCCGCAUGUAUUAGUGAAAACUGUGUCACCAAGAAUUCCUGGGCAAGCCAUGAGGAUAGUAUCAGCGCUUCAACACCUUGCUCUUGAGAUUCUUCAUCUCACCAUUACCACUUCUGAUGAAACCAUGCUAUACUCUUUCACUAUUAAGAUUGGGAUUGAAUGCCAACUGAGUGCGGAAGAACUAGCUCAACAUAUCCAGCAAACAUUCUGCUAAAGAUGACCUGAAACAUUUGUUCACACAUGAUCUCUUCCUCUUUUUCAUCGCUUACUCAUUUACAUGUAUGUAGGUAGUUAGUUUACACCAAUGGUAGAAGCUGUGGAUCAGCCACAUAGCUAUCAUCAUUCAUUUUCUUUUUGAG